GGUUUUUUCCUCACUCCAAGGUUGGAAGAGAAAGCAGAAGCAAUCUCUCCUUUUCGGGUCACCUUUGCUCUCUCCUUCUUCUCUCUCCUUCUUCUCUCUCAGCUAGUCUUUGUGCUUUAAGUUUAAGCCAUGGCUGAGACUUCAGUAGCUAAUGGUAACGGAACCCAUGCUUUGAAUGUUGAAGAUGGUGAUGGCAACGGUCACAGACCUUCCCAAUCUUCCACCAAAACCAACCAAGAAUCAAGCAGUUUUGGUCUCUCUGUGCCUUUCAUGCAGAAGGUGAUUGCUGAGGUGUUGGGUACAUACUUCGUGGUAUUUGCAGGCUGUGGGGCUGUGGUGGUGAAUUUGAGCACAGAUAAGACGGUGUCGUUUCCAGGAAUUUCAAUUGUUUGGGGACUGGUUGUGAUGGUCAUGGUUUACUCUGUUGGUCACAUCUCUGGUGCCCAUUUUAAUCCUGCUGUCACCAUUGCUUUUGCCAUUACCAAGAGGUUUCCGUGGAAA